AUGAAUAUCAACCAAGAUAAUAGGUUUGAUCGAGUUAGGGACGAGUUGUACAGAUCUUUAGGGAUGGCAUCAGACGAUAGUUUGUUGAAUGAAUACGAAUGGGUCGAUGUUGAUUCUCACGAAAGUUUCAACAAUGUUGUGCACUUAGAUGAUGAUGAUGAUGAAGAAGCCGAUGGAGAAUAUCAUGGAGAAGCUAAUGAUGAUGAGGAGGAAGUUUUAGGAAAUGAGUUAGAAUUAUGUGAUGUUGAUCGGGAAAUGGAGAAUGAAUUCACUGAAAAGGAUGUAGUUGUAGGUCCAAUCUCUGGAAUGGCUAGGAUUCACAAAAUCAAGUUUACCACCAAGAGUAACAAUUGUAAAGAUAGGCUAGUUGCUGUUUUGGAUGAUUCUGAUUAUUGGCGCAUCUCUAAGGUCGUUCACGAUCACAAUCAUGAUUUUCUCCCAUCCGUAUUACGCCUGAUGGCUGGACAUAGGUCUGUUUGUGAUUCUUUGAAGAGGGAUCUUGUAGCUCACGAUCGAUCUGGCAAUAGACCCUCCAAGAAUAUUAGACUUGCUGAGGUUCAACGUGGUGGACCGCAAAAUUUGGGUUGUACUCCAAAGGAUUGUAGAAAUUAUAUUUUGAAAAGUAGGAAUUUUGAAAUGCAAGAAGGGGACGCACAGUCGCUACUCAACUUUUUUCGUGAAAUCCAGAUAAAGGAUAAUGAGUUUUUCUAUUCAAUAGAUGUUGAUAAUAUUGGUAGGCUGCGAAAUGUGGUAUGGGUGCAUUCACACUUUAAGGCAGUGUAUGAGCAAAUCCAAGAUGCAAUAUGCUUUGGUACGACGUACCUUGUGAAUCGAUAUAAUAUGCUAUGUGCUACAUUUUUUGGCAUCAAUCACCAUAGACAGUCCAUCUUACUAGGAUGUGCUCUCAUGUCUCAUGAAGACAUCGAUAGUUACAAAUUAGUUUUUAGAACUUGGAUUGAUGCCAUGGGAAAAGUUCAUCCAGAUGCGGUCAUAGCUGAUCAGUGUCAGAGCAUUAAGGUAGUCAUUGCUGAAGUGAUGCCAAAUACAAUACAUAGGUAUUGUAUUUGGCAUAUAUUCUCAAAGUUGCCUCUUUACUUAAGUGGUGUUCGUUCUUCUAAAAUUGCACAUGGAGAAUUUAAAUCCAUGGUCCUUGAUAGCAUUACUGUUGAAGUUUUUGAGAGAAAAUGGACAGAAUAUAUUGCAAGGUAUAAUUUACAUACAAGGAAUUGGUUCAACAAGCUUUACUCUGAGAAGGAAAAAUGGGAUCAUGUGUACCUUGAUGUGUAUUUUUGGGCUGGUAUGCUAUCUAUGCAAAGAAGUGAGGGGAUGCAUGCGUUCUUUGAUGGAUAUAUUACCCGUCAAAGCACUCUUAGGAUGUUUGUUUACCAGUAUGAGUGA